AUUCGCACGAUCUGAGGGGCCAUUUGGGAAUUGGGCGGAAGGAUUAAAAAUUUUCGAUUUAAUCUCCAAUUUCAACGCGUUCGGCCAUUUUCUUCUCUUUUCAUCUUCACGACCUGAAGAAUUUUGGCGGCGAAUGGUUUAUGGAGUUCCCCGAGUGCCCGGUUUGCCUUCAAACGUACGACGGCGAUUGCACAGUUCCUCGUGUUCUCGCUUGCGGCCACUCGGCCUGCGGAGCCUGCCUCGAGAAUCUGCCUCAGCGCUAUCCCGAAACAAUCCGGUGUCCCGCUUGUACCGUACUCGUGAAAUUCCCCGCUCAAGGCGCCUCGGCGCUCCCCAAAAACAUCGAACUCCUCAGACUGUGCCCCCAGCAAAGCGCCGAUGUCGAAAUUUCCAGAAAAACUGACAAACGACCCCUCGAUCAAAACUACGGGUUGUUUCCUCAGCUUUGGUCCGAUGAAUUCUACAAAACUUGGAGGCGCUGGAUCCUGCCGCACGGCUCCGUUUCGAUCGAGCGGAGAUAUGGUGAUGACGAAAUCGAGAAGUUGUUGCUGGGAAGAGUUUGUCACGUUUCGGACUCGGGUUCUUCUUCCCCGAUUAGGGUUAGAGAAGACCGGACUGUAAGUCUUGUUCGAGUCGUUUCGUUGCCUUGUCUGAAUAGUGAUGCUGUGCUUAAGUUUAGUUAUACUUCAAUGGUUUUGAAAUGCUUGAGUGAGUUGAAGGAUGGGGAGAGGAAUGAACUGGUUUUGAUUUUGGAAGCUGGCAUAAUGAAUGGUGGAAGAGUGUGUAGAACUUAUGGGUUGUGGGGUAAUUUGGAGGAUGGGUUUCUAUACUUGGUUUGUGGAAGAGGAAAAGAAAACUUAACGGAGAGGAUCAAUAAUUGGAUAAAGAAACUUGAUAUCAGAAAUAAGGUUGGCUUGAACAACGAUGAGAUGCGCGGUUUUGCCAUGAUUGCCAUUGAGUUAUGUGAAGCAAUUAUGGCUAUGCAUUCUCUGGGGUUAAGUAUAGGCUUUCUGGGUCUAUCAUGUUUUAGUGCUGAUGAAUUUGGCAGCAUUUGUGUUGAUCUAAAUGAGGUUUUGGUGAUGGGAAGUACUGUGAGGGAGACAAUGGUGGGAACUGUUUCUACCAAAUCAAAAAUUGACCUUAAGGAAUUGGGAAUUCUUAUUAGUAAUCUGAUCAAGAAAGAGGCUUUUGUCAGCCCAGAGGUGUUACUCAAAUUACUGCAUAAAGAAGGCGUUGUGCUGGAAUGCGGCACGACUCUAUGUUCGGUCGGGAACAAGUGCGAUAUUUGGUCCUUAGUUUUUGUUUUGCUGAGUCUUCUUCUUGGAAAGGAUUGCCUUAUAGAGACACUGGGGACUCUCGAUGAAGUUCAUUCUGAUUGUGAUUGCUCUGCCUUUUAUGGGAGUUGGAUGGAGAAAGUUAAUUCAUGUUUGGUGAUGAAGUUGGGUUCGGAGUAUGCAUCGUUGAGACAGGCACUCUGCGAGUCUUUAAAUUUUGAUCCCGAGAACCGUCCAUGGGUCGUUGAAUUGUUGAGAUGCUUUAGGGUAUUGAUUGUUAGUCCUGAGUUGGAUGCUUUGGCCAGUUUGAAACUUGCAAUUAAUGAAUAUGAUGCUGCUCAUUGCUUGGUUCUGGGGGACCUCAUUCAACUUCCUGACGAACUGAUCGAAACUCAAAGAGAUGAUACAUGUCAAACAGGGGAGGAGAAAAUUAUAAAAGAUUUUGUUGAUGGGCUAUCUGUUGGAAUGGUGAAAUCAAAAGAUAUGCUAGGCCAUCGUGAUUGUGUUACCGGUUUUGUAGUCGGUGGGGAAUAUCUGUUUAGCUCGUCAUAUGAUAAGACUGUCCAAGCAUGGUCUUUGCAAGACUUCUCUCAUCUACACACAUUUACCGGUCACGAGCAUCGAGUAACGGAUCUGGUGUAUGUAGCCGAAGAACAACCAUUAUGUGUAAGUGCUGAUAUUGGAGGUGGUAUAUACGUCUGGAGCAUUGCUCUUCCUUUGAAGCAAGAUCCACUAAAGAAAUGGUACGAGGAGAAGGAUUGGCGCUAUGAUGGCAUUCAUGCCUUGACCUAUUCGGAAAAUGGGUACCUUUAUACCGGUGGAGGUGAUAAAACUAUUAAAGCGUGGUCAUUGAAGGAUGGCACUUUAUCAGGCUCUAUGAACGGUCAUAAAUCGGUAGUUUCUGCUCUUCUAGCAUGUAAUGGUAUUCUGUACAGUGGCAGUUGGGAUGGAACUGUCCGAUUAUGGAGCCUUGCCGACCGCAGUCUAUUGACCGUACUGGGAGAAGAUUCGUCUGGAAGUUUGGGUUCUGUCCUAUGUCUUGCUGCUAACAUGGACAUGCUUGUUGCAACUCAUGAAAAUGGAUCCAUAAAGGUUUGGAGGAAUGAUGUAUUCAAGAAAACCAUGAAGUUGCAUGAUGGUGCCAUUUUCGCCACCAGUAUGCAGGGGAAGCAACUUGUCACGGGGGGUCGAGAUAAAGCUAUAAAUGUACAGGAGUUAUCGGGCGACGAGUUCGAGAUUGAUUGUAGGCAUCUUGGAUCCAUCCAUUCAAAUUCUACAGUAACAGCAUUACUGUGUUGGCAAGACAAACUUUAUGUUGGAUAUGCAGACAGGUUCAUUAAGGUGUAUUAUUAUGGAAAAUGAUACAUAUAUAUUUCAAUGGGGCUGCUGAGGAAAUUUCCAUUGCAGAAAACAACACAUUCUAAUGUAAUAUAAAAUAGCACUCCAGGGGAGCUCAUAAGUUCCUUUGUUUUUGUUUUUUUUGAGAAGGCCCAUGAUG